CUAAAAUAAUGAAGUUUUAUGUUUGUCCUAGAUCAAACUAUUUUAAGUUUGACCUACUCUAUAUUAUUUUUCUAAUAUCUACAGUAUUAAAAAUUUAUGGAAUGAAAAUAUAUGUUAUGAUGAAUUCUUUUUGAUAUAAAAGACAAGUGCUCUGCCCAUUUCAUAUUUAAUUGUGUCACACUAUUUAAUUUUGUCAUUAAAAAUUUCAACUGCUCAAAAAUACAACCUUUCGUCAAACGUGUGCUCAAAAACACCACUCGACAUCAUUACCAUUCGGUCAAAGGCCAUUGACUAGGGUGAAGUGACCAAAAAUGCCCCUGGGCCCCACUUGUCAGUGCUCCCUUAUAACUUGUGGCCCCUGGUUAUUAGCAUACCAAGAAUUAAAUUAGAAGAAAAUAAUAAUGACACGUGGGGAUUCGAUCACCCGCACCCGAAGCUAUUUUUACUUCUAAUUUCAUUCUUUGAGGGCUGAAAACAAGGACCCAUAGGUUACAAUGAGUUGUUGAGGAAACAACGACAAGUGGGGUCCAGCGGUAUUUUGGUAACUUCACCGCGGUCAAUGGCCUUUGACGGGAUGGUAACGAUGUCGAGUGGCAUUUUUUAGCACACGCUUAAUGGAAGGAUGCCAUUUUUUUUAGUAAUUAAAAAUUCUAGUGCCAAAAUUGAGUAGUGCGACACAACUAAUAGAAAACCUUUCAUAUAAAUAGGGAAAGGAGAAAAACUGUACAAUGGUUAUUUACAAACCUAGAGAAAAGCAAGCCAAAAAAUAUUACAUUUCCAAGGGGGCAACCACACAGCCGAAGCAAAAGCCAAACACACGUGGUGAAUCUAAUUAAGCUAAUUUGGUGUAGUAGAUGUUGGUAUAAUAUUUUUUUUAUAAGGACAACAAUGGCGGAGCCAGAACUUUUCUGGGGCCUGGACAAGUUUGAGCCUUAGGUGAAAGAAAAUUCGGUGUUUGAAGUACAACAUAUAAAAUGAUACCAAAUUUUAGAACCAUAAAUUCUAUCAAUAUAUUAUAUGUUGGAUAUCAUGAGAAUACUCACAAUUUUUUCGUCUUUCUUGGAAGAUGCUCAAUCUCACCUGGAUUAAAUUAAUCGGCAACAUUAGGUGGUGGUUGUGGCUCUGCUUCUGCUUCCGAUUACACUCUAUUCACAUUUGGAGUGCUUGGUAUAUUAACCCAAAGGGAUAAGUAUAUUUUUCGUCCUCGGAUUUUUUUCGAAAGUUUAGAAAUCGUCCCUCAACUUAAAAUCGGAUAAUUUUCGUCCCUCAACUAUCAAAACCGGAUAGUUUUCGUCCCUCACGCUGCUUCGGGUGGUCCCGUCCGCGUGAACAGUAAACCGAUGAACAGUAUCUUUUAGAAAAAGCAAAAAAAGUCAAAAAAAUCUGAAAAUUUGUGGGAUCAAAAUUCCUCGGGUGCGCAAGGUGCGUGAAUUUUUUUUGUGCUAUUUAGACAUUCCAGGAGCUCGUGACAAAGGAAAAACCAUAAAUAUGUACGUCAAUGAACAGUAAAUUUAUAAAAUAGAAAAAAAUUCAAAAAAUAUGAAAAUUGUUGACAUACAAGAUGCUCGGGUGCUCAAUGUGCCUGCAAAAUUUCGUGGUGUUUGGACAUUGUGGGAGCUCGUGGCAAAAAAAACAUUGACUAUGAAAGAAACUUUGAAAAAGUGCACUAUUUUUUGCUAGAGCUCCUUCUAUGUCAUUUCAGCACGAAAAUAUGCGAGCACCUUGCACACUCAAGCAUCUUUGAUGCCAAAAAAAUUCAUAUUUUUUUGCUAUUUUUUAAUUUACUGUUCACUGACGUACAUAUUUAUAAUUUUUUUUUGUCAUGAGCACCUGGAAUGUCCAAACAAUAUGAAAAUUUGUACGCACCUUGGGCACCCGAGGAACUUUGAUCCCACAAUUUUUCAGUUUUUUUGGUUUUUUGCUAAUUUUUUUAAUUUACUGUUUGCCGGUUUACUGUUCAUGACGGACUAAAACUGCCUGAAGCGGCGUGAGGGACAAAAACUAUCCGGUUUUGAUAGUUGAGGGACGAAAACUAUCCGAUUUUGAGUUGACCGAUGAUUUCUAAACUCUCGGAAGAGUUCGAGGACGAAAAAUAUAUUUAUCCCUAACCCAAAACCUCCUCAUCUCCGAAUUAUUGUUCACAAAUUAUUAUGUGCCUUGGUACAAUAGAAGUGGUCUUCGGGGCCAAUAAACCUGGACGGAGGGAGUAGACGUCCUCGUAGUCGAAGGGAACAUCUUCUGUCACUAGAUGCACAUCAUUAGAAGGUCCAAAAUAAAUCUAGAAAAAUACGAGCAUCAAUGUCAACUCUAGGAUUUGAACUCUUGUGGGCUCGGAUACCGCUAUCUUCCUAACCAUCCAACCACGGUUUGGUUCGCAAAAUUACCAUGGAGCCAGUGACGGAGCUACACACGCUUCAUUGGACGGGCCAUAACCGGCUAGCUUAGGAAAUAUGUCUGAAAUUUUGCUCCGAGAGCCUCAAUGCAGCACCACUCUACAUUGUAAUCUUAUCUGACUGGACGGGCCAUGGCAUGGUUUUGCCCAGCCGUAGCUCCGCCACUGCAUGGAGCUAAAACAUUGAUUCACCAAUGAUUGAACGGGUUGAGCAGCCUCACCAAUGAAGAAGCCCGGCAUGACCUCCUCCUCGAUGCUUUUUGUGUCGGGUGAGGGAAGCAGGGCUCAUGCGCCCUGUAAGCGUGGGCCGGCCCAACAAGCGAGCUUUCGCUCAGUCAUCCCCCUUCGAUCCCUCGGUUAGCCGGUCAAAAUGAUCAUGGUUCUAACAAAAUGUUUGUACAUCUAAUGGGCCGACCCAUUUCAGUUUGCUGGUCUGGGCGCUAUGAGCGGGUUGUACUGUUAAGACCAAAUAAAGCCCAUCCGAUCAGGUGUCGAAGACGGUUUGGUCGUGGACUAUAAUUGAUGCCAAUCAGACCCCCAAUGCCCCAACCCAAACUCCAUAUCAAUCGCACCGGAGAUCGCUGACGCCCGCCCGGCCGCGGCCAUGGAGGAGGAGAAGAAGAUGAAGCUCUGCUUCUCCAUCCCCUCGAAGCCCAAGGUCAAGCCCGCCACGCCCCCCGCCGCCUUCUCCGUCGCCGCCGUGGCCCCCGGCCCCGCCCCGCGGUUCGUCACCGUGUUCGAUCCCUCGGAAACCCUGACCCCAGCGCCCGCCGUCAUCGCGCCCCUUCCCGACUCCCGCAAACCCUCCCCAGCCGCUGCCGCGCCGGCCGCGCCCGUCGUCAUCGCGCCCCUUCCCAACACGCGCAGGCUCGCCGAGGCCCCCGCCUUCGUGCUCGGCGCCUCCGACAGCCGCUCCUCCAGCGCAGCCUACGGCCUCACCGUCCGCAACACGGAUUCGAAGAGGAAGCUUGAGCCCCAGGACGAUGCCGCUAGUCAGCAGCCGCCGCCUCCAGGCCCCAGCGGCGAGGACCUUAUGCUGCGGCGGUUCAAGGAGGACAUGGCCGUUCUCCCGGAGAUCCAAGGCACGGACGAGUAUGACGAGGUGCCUGUGGAGGGCUUCGGCGCUGCUCUCCUCGCUGGCUAUGGCUGGAAGGAAGGGGAUCCUAUCGGCAAGAAGUACAAGGGGAUGGGGGAUGUCAAGGUUCGUGAGCACGGCCGCCGCCGCUGCGGCACGCAGGGUUUAGGCUCGUAAGGUUGCCAGGUCGUGACAGUUCCUGUUUCUUGUUUAUUUUCUUGAUUUUAGUUAUCGUAUGUAUGUAUGGUUUUAUCCAGCGAGGGUGGAGCAUUGUUCUGAACUUAAUAGUAACAUCAGACUUUGUAUUUA